AUGGCCAUGUACCAGGCUUCCAUGGCUCUGGACCCCCUCGUGGUGCUCGGCACCGUGGGCACUCAGCACACACUCACGGGACACAGCGGCAAAGUGCUGUCUGCCAAGUUCCUGCUGGACAAUGCGCGUAUUGUUUCCGGAAGUCAUGACCGGACCCUCAAGCUCUGGGAUCUACGCAGCAAAGUCUGCAUAAAGACCGUGUUUGCAGGAUCCAGCUGCAACGAUAUCGUUUGCACGGAGCAGUGUGUCAUGAGUGGACAUUUCGAUAAGAAGAUUCGCUUCUGGGAUAUCCGAUCGGAGAGCAUCGUCAGGGAGAUGGAGCUGCUGGGGAGGAUUACUGCCCUGGACUUAAACCCGGAGAGAACAGAACUCCUCAGCUGCUCUCGCGAUGACCUGCUAAAGAUCAUCGAUCUGCGAAUCAAUGCCGUCAGACAGACGUUUAGCGCGCCUGGGUUCAAGUGCGGCUCUGAUUGGACCAGAGUUGUGUUCAGAGCUGUUGGAGGAGGGCGCCUGGCCCGCUGA